CUUUUAUGGCUCUUCGUUUCCAGAUCAUGUGAUUCGGGUGAUGCUAGCUGCCAAUAUUUGAACAGGAACCAUUGUCUCAGCUGUUUCAAGACUGUAGGUAGCUAUGUAACAGGUGUUUCAAAAUGUGUAGUUCGUCGCUGUAAUUGUAGUACAUCGCUGGAAAAACUUUUUAAAUAUAUUUGUGACGCCAUAACAUUGUGCUGUUUUCGAUCUUGAAGGCUACUUUUGGAAUCAUAGCGUUAGUCCUACAUACGCCCAACUUUCGAGACAGGUGCGCACCUUGCUAUAUGCUUCUGUAACCAAAAUGUAAUUGGGGGGAAUUUACCUUUUCAAGCGCCCGGGACAGCUAACGUCAAAGAUUUGUAACUUUUGUAAAGCCACCAUGUCACAUUGUGAGAUGGACGGGCCUUUGGCAUUGGAGCUGAGCUGUCCUAUCUGCCUGCAGUUAUUCUUGGAACCAGUGUCUUUACCCUGUGGCCACAUCUACUGCAUGGCCUGCCUGCAGAAGGCAGUGGAUGCAGACCACCAUCGCUGCCCUGAGUGCCAGACAGAAUAUCAAGGAACCAAGGACCUGAUGAAGAACUUCAAGAUGUGUAGCAUCAUUGAGAGAUACAAAGCCACAGCAGGAAGCCGUCCUACAAAUAUUGAACCCAUGUCUGACACUGACUACACAGUUACACCUCAGGUGGUCCACCAGGUGGCGGUAGCAACUAACCCGUCUAAUUUUGAUAGCUCAAGGUGUCCUGAAAAAAGGCAACAGGAUUCAGACCUGGGGGGCAAACAGGCUUUUCAUAUUGCUGGUCCAUUAUCCAGCUCCUCCUUAAAUAAUGAACUAGAUAAUCCCAAAGCCAAAACAGAAAUGGAUGAACUAAAAGACAAACUAGCAUCCCAAUUGGCAGAGCUGACACACAAAUUACAAAUGUCAGAGGAGCAUCUGAAGAAGGAAGAGGUUAGGGAGAUGGAGGUGAAGGCCCACAACAGCCAGUUGAGAAGGAGGACAGCCAGGCAGCUGGAGCAGAUAAUGGAGUUAAUGCUAAACUACAGCGAGGGGGUGACAAAUUUGAUUGAGGUAGAACUUAAACCCAUUGAGGAGGGUAUGGAAAGUCGCAGGAAGCAAGCAGUAGAGGUAACCAAGCAUCUGAGCGAAGCACACUUCCAGGCUGAAUCCUUAUUGACUGAGAAAGAUGAAACUGUGUUUAACACUGAACUCCGGAUGGUAUUGCCACGCAUCGCGGAGCUCAUGGCUCAGCCAUUGAAAAACUGGGAUGGUAAUCUUGAAUCCCAAAUCAACCCAGACCGGGUUUGUUCUGAGCUGGAACGGAAAAAUGUUGAGUUGAGGAUCGGACUUGGGGCGGCUCAGCGCUCUAUACGAAACAUCCUCAACCCCUCAGAGUUGACCUUUGACCUUGAAACGGCUCAUCCCAACCUCGUGCUAUCAGAAGACCUAAAGACGGUGACCUAUAGUGCAGUGAAACAGGCCUACCCACUCCUGCAACAAAGAUUCAGCAGUUUCCUCCAGGUGCUCAGCUCCCAGAGCUUUUAUGGAGGCGAGCAUUGUUGGGAAGUGGAACUAGACGGUGCCCCCUGGAUUGUAGGUGUGUGUUACAGCAGUAAGCUGGCACGUAGCGGGCUAGCUAGUGCCCUGGAGAGCAGCCGCAGUUCCUGGUGCCUGAUGUGGGUUGAUAACCUGCUCAGAGCCUUUGAGCAAGGCAAUGAUGUUCCACUGAAGAGGACCACAAUGCUGCGCAGGAUGGAGAUCAGGCUCAGCUUCAAGACCAAGAGACUGAGCUUCUACCAUGUGAGCCCUUGCAGUGGGAAGACUCACAUGUACACCUUCAAGGCCAACCUUACGGAGCCAGUGCACCUGGCCUACAGGAUGAUGGCAGGCCAACCUAAGGCACACAUCACAGUGUGUUCGUGAGAGCUUAUAGUCGAGCCUAACUGUGAUGGCAGUGUAUAAUCUUUUAACCCUUGCCUUCGGGUCACAUGACCCAAAGGUUCACAACGAACCAUCGUUGUGUUUACCCAAUUUUACCCAAUACAAAAACAAAUAAAAAGCAUUUUGUUUUAACCUUUGCAAUGUGGGGGGUCUGAGACAGCCCAACGGUUAAAAGAAAAUGCUUCACUUUGUUUUUGUAUGCGGUAAAGUUGUCGCAAUACAACGGUGGGUCACAAUGACUGAUGGGUCAGAAUGACCCGAAGAUAACACAAGGGUUAAGUUGUUAUAACAAACCAAAAAAAUCAUUAACCCUUGUGCUGCCUUCGGGUCACAUGACCCAAAGGUUCAUAACGAACCAUCGUUGUGUUUACCCAAUUUUACCCAAUACAAAAACAAAUAAAAAUCAUUUUCUUUUAACCUUCGCAAUGUGGAGGGUCUGAGACAGCCCGACGGUUAAAAGAAAAUGCUUCACUUUGUUUUUGUAUGCGGUAAAGUUGUCACAAUACGACGGUGGGUAACAAUGACUGAUGGGUCAGAAUGACCCGAAGAGAACACAAGGGUUAAACAUUCAAUGUGAAUGCAGUAAAUACUCAGUGCUGCAAAAAUAUAAUCCAGAAUAGUUUUGCAAGAUUAACAUAAAAUGUAUAACUAUUUAGGUUGGUUUAAGCACAUUUUAGGCAUCUGUGAAGUCACACUGCUUGCCAAAAACGUUUUAUGAAUAAAAUUAGAUUUAAAAGGGA